AUGCCCAAGAGGCGGAAAGUGUGCUCCCCAGCGCAGGGUGAGCAAAGUGAUAUAGACAUCUGUGCUGAACUUAAAGAGUUUAUCGCACAAGAAAAUGUGAAGUGCGUGAAGGAGAUACGGGACUCGAACGACCGACGGCUUAUGGCUAUAGAGGAGUCCUUGUCGUUCGCGAUGGAUUCCCUCAAGGCGGUGUCGGAUCGACAGAAUUCAGCGGACAUGGACAUCAUCCAGCUGCAGAGGGAGACCAAGGAGCUGAGGCGGCGCCUCCAGCAGAUGGAGCUGAGUGAGGACCGGCGGCAGCAGGAGGAGCGGCGGACGUCUCUCAUCUUCUCUGGACCGGCGAUACAGACGCUGACUCGCCGGGAGGACGCCGCAAACCUGAUUCGGUCCCGGGUGCAGCAGCACCUGAGGCACUCACUGGACUCUUCUCAGGUGAAAGCCAUGAUCCGGCUGAAGAAUGGUAAGGUUUUAGUUGACUUUACCACGGCUGCGCGCGGGUCUGAUAGAGACGUCCUAUUUAGGACUAAGACCAAGCUAAGGGGUUCUGGACUGUUCAUCUCAGAGUCUCUCACUCCACGCCGUCAGGCACUGUUCGCUGAUCUACUGCAACUGAAGAAGGAGGGGAUCAUUUUCUCCGUCUUCACGAGAUCCGGAGACAUUCUAGUGUGUCGGUCACGCGACUGUGCACCCAUUCGCAUCGUUGACCCCGAGGCGGUGCGUCAGUUGGCGGAGACGAGUGCCCCUCUCCGCCCCACCCAGGGUCGCGCUCCGGCCUCGGAGAGAGGUCGGCUGGACCCAGUCACGGAGAGAGAGGAGGAGAGGAGCGCCCUGGAGAGAGGACGCACUCCGUCGGACCUCGGCGGUGUGAUGGAGCUGGAGACCCGGCGUUCGGGCGGAGCCGUUGACUCGACUGCUCCCGUCUCCUGUUCGGUGCCUGCCGGCGCCGACGUCGUGGCGGGCCGUGGAUCAUCUUCAUCGUCGCUGCUGGAAUGCGCCCGGAUGUCACCUGUCGAUCUGGUGCGGCUUUCGCCACCUAUGGAGGCGGUGCCGUCGGCUGGCGCCGCCUCUGCGGCUGACCGGUCGGUGGACGGGGGCGGCGGGCGCGCCGGAGCUCGGAGCCGCUCGGCGUCUCCUGGGGCUCGGCCCUCGGUCGCGCCCCGCCCUGCCACGGCUGGCGGCCUGGAGUCGCCCUUGCGGGUGACGUCAGAGGUCGCUUCGCCUCCUCUACCCGCUCGGUCAGCUGGGGAGAGCGGCCAGCGAGAGGUAACGGGGAGAGGGUACCAGGUGCUGCCAUCUGUCGAGCAGCGCGAGGGCUCUGAGGGAUCACUGUCGGCGGGGAGCGGCUCUGGCAGCGGGGAGGUGCGCCCCCUCAUGGACCGCCUGUGCGACGAGCUGAAGGGUCUGAAGGAAGCCGUCAUAACUCUGAUUGGACAGCAGUGGCCGCCGACGGCCGGCCCGCACACCCGGCCCCAGAGUUCCGCGGAGCUGCGGGACGCGGUGCUGGCCGACGUUCGCGGCAUGCUGGACGAGGAGCUGCGGCAGCUGCGCCGAGAGCUGCAGGAGCUGAGCGAGGUGCGUCCCCUCAUGGACCGCCUGUGCGACGAGCUGCAGGGUCUGAAGGAAGCCGUCAUAACUCUGACGGAACAGCACUCGCCGCCGGCGGCCGGCCCGCACACCCGGCCCCAGAGUUCCGCCGAGCUGCGGGACGCGGUGCUGGCCGACGCUCGCGGCAUGCUGAACGAGGAGCUGCGGCAGCUGCGCCGAGAGCUGCAGGAGCUGAGCCUGGAGGUGGCCCAGAUGAAGAACCAGAAGCAGCUGGAGGUGGACCAGAUGAAGAACCAGAAGCAGCUGGAGGUGGACCAGAUGAAGAACCAGAAGCAGCUGGAGGCGCAGGCGGCACCACAGCUGCAGCAGCUCCCCAUACCGCAAGAGCUGUUUUCCUGCGGUGGCAAGGCCCCCGCCACGACGGCUUCCACCAUCUUCGGGUCGGGGUUUAGUAAGACGACGCCCUCUACCGGGACGGUCUCCAGCACGAACGGCGGUAUCAAGCUCGACCAGGCACCGUCGGGCUGGACUGGCGGUACCACGACUGGCACCUCUGCUGCCGCCUCCACUGGCUUCAGCUUUGGACCGACCACAGCACCACCUGCUCAGCCGAGCACGCCGAGCUUCUCGUUCCGUCCGCCGACCGCCGAGGGCGCCACCAGCACACCGGCCAAGGCAAGGGGCGAGAACACCACGGAGGAGGGACCUGUCAGCUCGACCUCUGGCUCUGGCGCCGCGGUCUCCAAUACCACCACUUCCAGCGUCGUGACCUCCACCCCCGCCGCCGGCGCCGGAGCGGCCACCCCCAACAGCUCCUUCCAUUUCAAGGCUACCCCGUUUUGGUUUGCGUUCGGCGGCGACCAGGGUAAGGUCGUCGAGGCGACUCCCAAGGCCACGUUCGAGUUCGGCGUCUCGUCCGCAGCCUCGUCGCCGUUCAAAUUCUCAUUCGGCGGCGACGCCGACAAGUCUGGAUCCGCGAUCUUCGGAGGAGCGGCGGCAGCGGACACAAAGACCACGUCAAUAUUUGGAGGUUCAUCGGGUAACAAGACAACUUCGAUCUUCGGAGGAGCGUCGUCAACUGAAACCAAACCUGCGUCUAUAUUCGGAGGAAUGCCCUCUUCCGAAACCAAAACCACGUCCAUCUUUGGUACCCCAUCGGUGUUCGGAGGAAAGGGAACUGACAAAGCCGUAUCUCUCUUCGGUGGGGCGACCACCGGCGACAAGACAUCCAAAGAAGACCAGAUAUUCGGCGGCUCCGGGACUGACUCCAAGCCCGCCUCUCUGUUCGGCGGCUUUGGUUUGGCCUCUGGUGCCCAGUCGUCUCCGUUCGGCUCCGGAUCCCCAGUGUUCGGUGGAUGGCCGUCGUUCGGUAGCGCCGCGUCUAAGCCGGCCUCCAGCGAGAGCGGCGCCGCGGCCAAGCCACCUACUCCGGCCAACUCGUCCGCCCCCAAGGCGCCUGAGCCGGCCAGCUCCGGCUCGGCCCCGUCGGCACCACCGGCCGCCGCCACUGGAUCGACUGAUGCCGGCGCUGCGGCCACCCCGGUCCCGUCAGCACCACCGGCCGCCGCCACUGGAUCGACUGAUGCCGGCGCUGCGGCCACCCCGGCCCCGACCAAUGGUCCAUCUACAGAAACCAGCAUCAACGACACAGCACAGAGAGGGCUCCAGUCGCCUGCGGCCAGUGACGUCUCGAAGCGGACAUCGAGCCAAUUCCCUGCGGCCAGUGUAGUCACAGUCCAGAAGCAGGAACUCUCGACUGUGAAGCAGUUGAAGCAGUUCACAUUUCCACCUGGUCUUGCAGAGCUACAGGUGAUCGCGAUUUUGGAGUCCCUCCAAGUCCAAACCUUGAAGGAGCUCACGGUCUCCACUCCUCCUGACUCGACGGGACGGUGGCUGCGGCUGCUGCCGCCGUCCUUGAGGCGCCUGGACGUUUUCGGACCGGGGGUGACGGGGGAGCCGGUGACACUGGCCCGACCGCUCGACCAUGGGCUGGUGGUCGUCAUAAAACAGGCGGGAGAUGACGUCAUCAACCAGCUGGCCAAGGAGCUGGGACCACGGGCUACCAAGCUGACCAUGUUCAACUGCCCGCGUGUCACUGCCGGGGCCUUACAGAGGCUGCUCUCCGCCCUCACCGGCCUGGAAGACGUCACACUUGACGGCUCUCUGUCCGGCGCCAUUACUGACACCUCGCUGGCCGCCCUCCACGGCUGCUCCCAGCUGCGUAAAAUGCAGCUGGGACAGCCAUAUGUACUCUGUACGGAUAUACCGGUCACAGCGGUCAGCAGACUGGUGGUUACCUGUCGGAAACUGGAAGCGCUGCUCUUUAUCGCAACGGGGGAGCUCAGUCAGACGGUCCUGGACGCCCUGGUCCGGGCAGACCUGGGGAAAAGAGAUGACGGCACGCCGAGAACACUGUGGUUCCAGGUCUCAGAAGCUGUUUAUGAUAAACUGAUCAUACCGUCGGAUACCGGCAACAUCAAAGUACUAAGACUGAGGGACGACAAAUCCUGCGGUUCAUCUUUGAAGUUCAUCUUUCCACCGGGCCAUAGUGAUGAGCAGCUAACGGCUCUGCUGGAGUCCCUCCAAUCCUUGGAGGAGCUCACGGUCUCCAUUCCUCCUGACUCGACGGGACGGUGGCUGCGGCUGCUGCCGCCGUCCUUGAGGCGCCUGGACGUUUACGGACCGGGGGAGACGGGGGAGCCGGUGACACGGACCAGACCGCUCGACCAUGGGCUGGAUGUCGUCAUACAACAGGCGGGAGAUGACGUCAUCAACCAGCUGGCCAAGGAGCUGGGACCACGGGUUACCGCGCUGCACAUGUUCAACUGCCCGCGUGUCACUGGUGGGGCCCUGCAGAGGCUGCUAUCUGCCCUCACCGGCCUGGAAGACGUCACAUUUGACGGCUCUCUGCCCGGCGCCAUCACUGACGCCUCACUGGCCGCCCUCCACGGCUGCUCACAGCUGCGUAAAAUGCAGCUGGGGGAGCCCGGUAUACUCUGUACGGAUAUACCGGUCACAGCGGUCAGCAGACUGGUGGUUACCUGUCGGAAACUGGACUGGCUGUCUCUCGACACAACGGAGGGGCUCAGUCAGAGGGUCCUGGACGUCCUGGUCCAGGCAGACCUGGGGGAAAGCGAUGACGGCAAGCCGAGAACAUUGAAGCUCCUUGUCGAACCACCCGUCUAUGAGAAGCUGAAAAAGCCGCCGCCCAACAGCAGCAUCAAAGUGGUGAAGGCUACCUAGGAGUAUCAUUCAAAAAUACCACGCCGACUCAGAAUGCGCCUACA